CUCGCGAGAUAUCUCGGUAAGAGAACACGUAGCCAUAGCAAAUUAAGUGUAAUAAAUACACAGGAAUAAUGAACACGUUUUUCUCUCGACUAAAUGCAAUUUUUGCAUUUACGCUAAGUACAUUAGCCGGACUUACUUUUUUGUGUUUUAUAACUACUGCGUUUAUUGAGUUUAAGCCACCGGUUUCGUUGAAUACUGCUAAAGCUAUAGUGAAAAUUGCUGCUGACCAUAGUACAACCAGAGAGAGGUUUGACCUUGGAUUUGUUAACUUUGACUUACAAGCUGAUUUGACUCCAAUAUUCAAUUGGAAUGUGAAACAGCUUUUUCUCUACCUGACUGCUGAAUAUGAAACAGAAAAAAAUUCAAUAAAUCAAGUUGUCUUAUGGGACAAAAUCAUUCAGCGAGGAGAAAAUGCUGUUUUGGAUUACAGGAGCCUUAGGUCAAAGUAUUAUUUCUGGGAUGACGGUAACGGUCUCAGGGGCAAUCGCAACAUUACGCUGACGCUCUCGUGGAACAUUGUGCCCAACUCGGGCAUGCUGCCGCUGCUGUCGGGCGACGGAUCGCACCGCUUCGAGUUUCCCAGCGAGUACACAGAGAAGAUGUGAGCGCCUGUUGUCACGUAGUCAACUCAUGGAGCCCUGCACGUGCAACUCCGGGACAUGUGACGGGCGGAGGCUGCUUCGUCGUCAUCGCGAGGCAGGGAGAUGAAAAAGCGGUGGAGGAGAAAGCGGUGUUGAAUAUUGUCAGUGUUUAUUUGUCGGUGAUGUAAGCGCUUCUCGUAUCAGUGCGUCUACUAUUGGUGUAAUCUGUGCACACUGCAGUAUAAAUAUAUGCAGUGUGGCAGAUGCGUUCUAUUCUAUCUGCGUUAGAUUUCACUUGAAAUCGUUGUAAGAAUUGAUCUGAUAGUAUAAUUUAGUGUAUGAUCAGAAAUAGAAAGAUGAAGCUGGCUGUUUGAGAAUUUAAAUAAUCAACAUGGAGAAAGUAUUUAUAAAACGUCUGACUGCAGUUUUGAUAAAUAAUACACUUUCUAUUCUAAAGCAUUCAAA